CGCACUACUCUCUCCAUCUAAAAUUCUAAAUUACUCCUCGUCACUCCUCUCUCUCUCUCUCUCUCCCAGCUAAAUCUCACCAAAACCCUCUUUGCUCUCUACUCUGCUCCGCUUCAGAUCUCAUUUUUUCUUCGUUAUCAUCGUCAUGGCUUGUGAGAAGAAGAUCAAGAUCGGAAUCAAUGGAUUUGGAAGGAUCGGCCGUUUGGUCGCUAGGGUUGCUCUGCAGAGGAAUGAUGUGGAGCUUGUUGCUGUUAACGAUCCCUUCAUCUCUACUGAUUACAUGACUUAUAUGUUCAAGUACGACAGUGUUCACGGUCAGUGGAAGCACCAUGAAUUGAAGGUCAAGGAUGAAAAGACCCUUCUCUUCGGUGAAAAGCCCGUCAGAGUAUUUGGAAUCAGAAACCCUGAGGAGAUUCCAUGGGCUGUGACUGGAGCUGAGUUUGUUGUUGAGUCUACUGGCGUGUUCACCGACAAGGACAAGGCUGCUGCUCACUUGAAGGGUGGUGCUAAGAAGGUUGUCAUCUCUGCUCCCAGCAAGGAUGCACCCAUGUUUGUUGUUGGUGUGAAUGAGAAGGAAUACAAGCCCGAGCUUGAUAUUGUUUCCAAUGCCAGCUGCACCACCAAUUGUCUUGCUCCCCUUGCCAAGGUCAUCCAUGAUAGGUUUGGAAUUGUUGAGGGUCUUAUGACCACAGUCCACUCAAUCACUGCCACACAGAAGACUGUUGAUGGACCAUCAAUGAAGGACUGGCGAGGUGGCAGAGCUGCUUCCUUCAACAUCAUUCCUAGCAGCACUGGUGCUGCCAAGGCUGUUGGAAAAGUUCUUCCUGCACUUAAUGGUAAGUUGACUGGAAUGGCCUUCCGUGUUCCAACUGUGGAUGUAUCAGUUGUUGACCUCACGGUUAGGCUUGAGAAGGGGGCAACUUAUGAGGACAUCAAAACUGCAAUCAAGGAGGAGUCUGAAGGCAAGCUCAAGGGAAUUUUGGGCUACACUGAAGAUGAUGUUGUGUCCACAGACUUUGUUGGUGACAGCAGAUCUAGCAUUUUUGAUGCCAAGGCUGGUAUUGCAUUGAACAAGAACUUUGUCAAACUUGUCUCCUGGUAUGACAACGAAUGGGGAUACAGUUCACGGGUGAUUGACUUGAUUGUCCAUAUGGCCUCUGUCCAAGCUUGAAGCUAAAUCCAUUCAAGGCGUUUGCAAAAGUUCAUGUGUGAGUGUUUGCAGUUUGAAAUAAACUUGAGGAUCUACCUUCAUUUCUGUUUUUGUUUUUCUUGUUUGCUUAAUGUGAACAGCUUUUCUGCCCUUUUGGUAUCAAAGUUGUGGAACAAAUUUUAACAGUUCAAUAGAACGGAAACGAUGAUACAUUGAUGAGAUGUUUUGUUCUUAUUAGUCAUGUCUUUCCGCACUAUUGUUAAUCUGAUGGUAUUUAUUAUGUUAUCCUUGAAUUGAGAAAACAAAGUAAUUUUAGGGUUAGGAUCUUAUUCCUACAGGCUGUAUAUGAUCUCAGAAGCUCAUGUUAGCUUGAUUCAGUACAGUUAGCAGUUCAAGUUCAUUUUUCUGAAAGCUCGCGUUCUACUUUAGUUCUCUAGGGCUUUCAAGCCGAGUAUGAGCUCUGAGCUUUGCACAAGCUUGUUGCUGCAGGUAUUUUAGGAGCCUGUUGGUAGGUUCUUUUCCGUCUCCUGUUGCUUUGUUCAUUUCUGUUUGUAUAUUUUUGUUUCAGAAAAGUAAAGUGCAUUCUAUCUAUAUGGACUGCACUACACUUAACUAAAUAUCAGGAGGCGGCCUGGCUCUUUACCUAUGGUUAAGUUAGGAUAUUUAUUAGUAGCACUAACAUAUAUUCUGUUGACAAUGCAAAACAUAAAUUCUGCAUUUCAGACUCUGAAUCUGAGGCUUAAUUGCCAUAGAUACAUCUUUUAGAAUUUCAUAAAAUCGAUGGCUGAUU